AUGCAGCAAGCAGUCAAGACCACCCCCGCCGAGAACAACGCUUCUCCUCGAGUUUCCUCGGAAAAGUCGUUAAAGACCACGACAGCCCCUGUCGUCCAGGAGAACAAAGACCCCGUUGUUACGACUACGACUUCGAAGGACCGCAAAAGCCGUCGUCGAAGCGCUGAUAACAAAGACUCCGAUUUACCCUCUUCGACUACUAUGACGACAGCAAACCACAGCGCCACACAGUCAUCUUCAUCAACUACAACAGCAGCGACAACUACCACGACGACGACCACAGAAAAAUCAGCAGCAGCAGCAGCAGGAACAGCAACUACAGAGACGACCACGGGAGAGACUGUCAAGAGAUCAAGCAAGAAGGCUGGCCGAUCCAAGAAAUUGGUGGCACGUCGUGGCCCGCGACGAUCAGGUGGAGAGGAGGCGAUUGAGCUCGCCGUCAGUAGUUCAGACGACGACGAGGAUCAUCGUGGGGGCGGGCGCGCGUCGAGUGGAUCCGGCACCGACGACCCUGACUCGGAGGAGGAGGCCGACUUGCAGAUCAAAAAGUUGGCUCUCGAGAAGUUGUCGUUGGAGCGCAAGGACGAUCGCCCCCCGACCUCGAAACCGGCACCUUCUCGUAAACAGCCACAGCAGCAGCCACAGCAGCCACAGCAGCAGCAACAACAGCAAGGUCGUAAUACCGUAUCGCAAGAGGGCGCUUCGACUUUGAUUCAAAAUCGCGACUCGGCCCCAGCGUCACCAACACCUACCCCCUCUUCGCCUGCGCCCUCGUCAUCCAAAAAGAAGCGCAACAGGAAGAACAAGAACAAUAAUAAUCAGUUGACUGAGCAGCAGGAAAAUCCACAGAGCCAAAAACCAUUAGCUCAGGCCAACGCUCCCACCACAUCCACCACAUCCACCACAUCUACCACAUCCACUGUCACUCCCUCCAGCAGCACUGUCCCAACCUCAGCCCCUUCCCAUCAGUCCCAUCAACCUUCCGAUGCCAAGUCCAACUCCAAGCCAAACAGGCGUCUCUCCAAGCAAGGAUCGGUCUCUUCACCAAAGCCAAAUGCCGGCUCUUCCUCGCCUGCCAAGGAGCUGGACCUCGACUCGGCCACAGGAGAUUGGGGUGAUUCGCCCAUGCCAGAGACAACGACCAAGGUGGAACCAGUUUCGUCCGAGACACAGCCUCAGCGACCCAACACCAACAAUAAUCACACCAACCACCCUCAUCCCGCUGCGCAUCAUGGUCGUCCAGUGUCACGCGGACGUGGAGGAAGAGCUGCGGUGGAGGCUAGAGUUGAGUACCGCAAGAAACUGGCAGAAGAUCCGAGCUUUACUCCCCAUCUUGGGGAGUUCUGGGGUCAUGAUGACCGGUACAGAGGAGCAGGAAUGAAAAACUUUGGCGACCGUGGCAACUUCCGUGGCCGAUUUAUGGGAAGGGGAGGAUUUACUCGAGGUGGAAUGGCUCAGGGUGUCCCAAGGACUUCCUUCAGGAACGAACCAGAGACAGGCGUCAACACCGAGUCCCAGCAACCAGAGUCAGACGACAAGGAGGGUGCCUCAGCCAAACCUAAGUCUGACCGAUGGAGCCACGAUGGGUUUGACCAAUUGAUGAAGGUUCAGGAAAGAAGUUACCGCCACCAAAGGAACGAUUCCAGACCCCGCUCUAUGCACGGAAAACCUCCCGGAGCCCCUUUGUCGCGCACUGCAUCUAACAACCCAGGACCCCAGAGUGCUUCUUCUGGAAAUGCUACACCUCCCACUUCCACCAACAGUGAGACACGCUCUGACUCGAAGGACGACACUGCCACCUCCAAGAGUGGGAACGCUUCCUCUAAGAAGGCCGACAGGACAGAUAAGGUGGAAAAGGCAGUCAAGGCAGACAGCAAGACUGAAAAGGCAGAAAACAAGGCAGAAAAGGCAGACAACAAGGCAGAAAAGGCAGACAACAGGGCAGAGAAGGGCGGCAAUAAAACUGAGAAGGGAGGAAGGUCAGAGAAGGCUGACAGGACAAUGAAGCCAAACAAGGAAGAGAAGUCACGCAAGGAAGAGAAGUCAGCCAAGGAAGAAAAGUCAGCCAAGGAAGAGAAGUCAGUCAAGGAAGAGAAGUCAGCCAAGGAAGAAAAGUCGGUCAAGGAAGAGACACCAAGCGCUGCUGCUCCUCCCUCUACCAAAACUGCCGACUCUCAGGCAGUCAAGUCCCAAGAUGAAUCAGCCGCCCAAGCAGGAUCAGCCGCACCCUCGACCAAAGGAGAGCGACCCCGCUCCUCUGUCCAGUUUGGAGAGAAGGAUGUCAAGAGAGCCUCUCGUCUCUUACACUCUGCUCUUCCCAAGCCCUCGCCCAAGGCUGCCGUAGCCGAGGCUGUUAGCCAACCUGCCAACGAUACCAAUGGAUCCACGGAAACGGCCAACACUGAUGCCCAUGCGCAAGGAAACGUCCCUGUCAGCUCUAACGACAAGCAGGAGCCAGCCGGUCAGCCCAACUCUGCCAAUCCCAAGAUCAGACAGCCAAUGCCUCAGAGCCAGCCCCAAGCUCACUUUUCUGGAUUCAGACCUCAGUUCAUCCCUGGCAACUUUUCGAGCCGUGGACGCGGUCGUGGACAGUUCCAUCCCGGACACCCUGCCAACUUUGGUCACCGUGGAGGCCACCACGGCGGCUUCUAUGGACACCACCAAAAUCAUCAUCAUCAUCAGUUCCAGCACCAGCACCAGCACCAGCAUCAACACCAGCACCAGAACCACAAGGGUGGUCAGCCAUCAUCCAACGCUUCGGCUCCAGUGAACGGUGAGGCUACCAAGGCAAGAAACGCUGGUGAGAAAACUGAGGCUACUGCGGCGAACGGAUCCCAGAAGGACAGCGGAGAGCAUCAGGAAGCCGAGAACGCCAAGACUGCUGCAGUCGAUGCCAAGGCUACGGCCGAAGAGGCCGAAGAGGCCAUGGAGACGACUUCUGCUCCCACCCCAAAGUCGCUCAAAACAGCUAUCAAUGCCGCCCCAUUUAAGCCCACGGGGCCCGUUACCGCUGCACAGCUUUCAGAGGGAGAGGCUAACGCCCAGGAAGAGUACUAUGAGGAGGAGUAUGGCGCAGAAGGCUAUUACUACGACUCUCAGCAGCAAAUGGCCCAGCCCUUGUAUUAUUACUAUUACCCACCCAUGGGAAUGUCGAACAGUGGACCUGGAUCGGCGCCUGCUUCGAUGCCUAUGGGAAUGCCUAUGGGCAUGCCGAUGGGCGGCCACAUGCCUGGUCAACCCUACAUGGCUCCGAUGUACUAUGAUGCAGCAGGUGUCCCAGUCUCUGGACCCGCGCCCCCAGUUGUCACCUCUGCUGCAGCACCUGCUGCAGGCCCUAAUGGCGAGAUGAUGAUGAUGAUGAUGCCUCCUGAGGACUAUAACCAGUUUUAUUACUACCCACCCUCGAUGUAUUACCCCCCUCAGCAAGCGCAUCCUCACCAGCAUCAGCCUAACCAUCACCAUCACCCUCACCCUCAACAGCAUCCACAGCAGCAGCAGCAGCAGCAGCAGCAGCAACAGCAACAGCAACAGCAACAGCAUCAUCAACACCAACCAGCUCCAGUUCACCAGACGCAGGCUUAA